UCCCCGCCGCGCCGCAGGCUGGUGGGCUCGGCUGCGGCGCCUAAGCCAGGAGAUGACCCUGCCCGGAGGUCCGACGGGCAUGGCACGGCCUGGGGGCGCAGGGCCUUGCAGCCCAGGGUUGGAGCGGUUCCCCCGCCGAAGUGUUGGGGAGCUGCGCCUGCUCUUCGAGGCGCGCUGUGCUGCGGUCGCUGCUGCAGCUGCUGCAGGGGAGCCCCGGGCUCGCCGGACCAAGCGGCGUGGGGGGCAGGUCCCCAACGGGCUUCCGCGGGCUUCUCCGGCCCCAGUGAUCCCGCAACUGACUGUGACGACUGAAGAGCCGGAUAUGCCUCCAGCCAGCCCCAGGCCUCCGGAACCGGAGGGCGGCUGGCUCCCGACCAUAGGCUCGUCCCACCUGCAACAGCCGCGCCGCCUCUCCACCUCGUCGAUCUCUUCCACUGGCUCCUCGUCGCUGCCCGAGGACUCAGAGGACGAUCUGUUAAGCGACAGUGAGAGUCGGAGCCGCGGCAAUGUGCAACUGGAAGCGAGCGAGGACGUGGGUCAGAAAAGCCAUUGGCAGAAGAUCCGGACUAUGGUGAAUCUGCCCAUUAUGAGCCCUUUCAAGAAGCGCUACUCCUGGGUGCAGCUGGCGGGGCACACGGGGAGUUUCAAGGCAGCAGGCACCAAUGGAAUGAUCCUGAAGCGCAGCUCGGAGCCAGAGCACUCCUGCCUGGUGCGGCUGAUGGCGGACGCCCUGCGUGGCUGCGUGCCCGCCUUCCAUGGCGUGGUGGAGCACGAAGGCGAGAGCUACCUUCAGUUGCAGGACCUGCUCGAUGGUUUCGAUGGACCCUGUGUGCUUGAUUGCAAGAUGGGAGUCAGGACUUACCUGGAGGAGGAAUUGACCAAGGCUCGAGAACGACCCAAGCUGCGGAAGGACAUGUACAAAAAGAUGCUGGCGGUAGACCCUUUGGCGCCCACUGAGGAGGAGCACGCACAGCACGCUGUCACCAAGCCUCGCUACAUGCAGUGGCGGGAAGGCAUCAGCUCCAGCACUACACUUGGCUUCCGCAUUGAGGGCAUCAAGAAAGCAGAUGGAUCCUGCAGUACUGACUUCAAGACUACACGAAGCCGGGAUCAGGUGAUUAGCGUCUUCAAAGAGUUUGUACAAGGAGAUUCAGAAGUACUGAGGAGAUAUCUGAAUCGCCUACAGCAGAUCCGGGACACCCUGGAGGUCUCUGAGUUCUUCAGGAGACAUGAGGUGAUCGGCAGCUCACUCCUCUUCGUGCAUGACCACUGCCAUCGUGCCGGUGUGUGGCUCAUCGACUUCGGCAAGACCACGCCCCUUCCCGAUGGCCAGACGCUGGACCACAGGCUGCCCUGGGAGGAGGGCAAUCGUGAGGAUGGCUAUUUGUUGGGGUUGGACAAUCUCAUUGGCAUCCUGGCCAGCCUGGCUGAGAGAUGA